AUAUACAUCCAGGCCGCCUCGGGUCACAUCCACAAACCUUUCGACGGCGACGUGUAGAUUUACGGCAGAGGCAGGACGACCAUGUCGCUCUCCAAAGACACGACCAAAGACUACACGGACGUCGAAGCGACGCUGAACCGGGUGACGGCGCACCCGGGCGUGCAAGGCAUCGUGAUCGCGACGCACGAAGGCUCGGUGGUGCGCUCGACGCUGGAUAACAUCCAGACGCAGCAGAUCUCGACGCUCGUGACGCAGCUGGCCGCGAGGGGCAAGGGAGUCGUUAGGGAUUUGGAUCCGGAGGAUGAUUUGACGUUCUUGAGGAUUCGGUCGAGGAAGAAUGAGAUCAUGGUAGCAGAAACAAAACAAUACCUCCUGAUAACAAUCCAAAACCCCAACGAGUCCCAAAAAGCCUUCUUCUAAAAUCCCCCUUCCCCACACCACAUCUCUCACGCAUCUCCCAAUCUCAAAAAAAAACCCCCCCGCUGAUGUAUUUCCAUCGAUAGAAAAACUAACUAAGAAGGGGAAAGUCU